AUGUCUGUCAUUAAUCUGAAAUAUUUACCGGAUGACUUUAGCAUCUAUCAAUUUGAACGCACUUGCAACCUUCCAGCAACUAUAUUCAAAGCUCCUUGGUAUACAGUUUCAAGAACAACUACUGAACUUUCAGUUAUUUUGCCCACAAAUCAUUCAAUGAAGCAGCAGAAAGAUGAAAUUAAGAACGAAGAACAUGGCUGGCGUAUGUUCCAAGUUGACGCUCAAAUGGAAUUCACUUUAGUUGGUAUUCUGGCCAGCAUAGUCGGCCCUUUGAAAGAGAACAACAUCCCGGUUUUUGUCGUCAGCACAUAUGAUACAGACUAUAUAAUGGUCAAAAAAGAAAAAUUGGCUCUAGCUAUUGAAACUCUUAAUAAGAAAAGUAAUAUCAUCGUAAGCGAUGGCAGAUCAGUUUAUGAUUGCUAA